ACUUAAACAAAGCUCAAAUGUCGGAAUUGAUUAGUAAAUCAGAUUUUAUAAGGGCCAUUGUGUCCAAUUCGAACAACGAUGCGGUGGCCUUUGAGAUGAAGUUUGCCAAGCACCUGAAAGUGUCCCAACUCAAGUUUUUAUUUUUGUUUGUGACUCACAGAACAAAUUGGAGAGUGGAAUUAUAUGAAGGAAAGAAUCGGCUGGCAACAUUGGAUAAUGACGAUGCGCAGCUUGGAUUCUACAUCAAUUCCGAUGGAUUGCGCCUGCAUGUGAUCGAUAGUUUCCUUACCUUAAGCUUUGAUAAUAACACAGUGGAGAAAUUCGAACUUACUAAUGAUUAGUAUGAGCUGCGCAUACAUUCUGUGCGUUAUUACCUUAAACAGAAUCGUCUGGGCAAAUUCAAUGAGGAGGAGAUGCGCCAAAUGGAGGAGAAACGCCGCGAGCAUGCGUAUGAAUUGCAACGACGAGCCGAGCUUUGCGUGGUUAAUGCACGCUGCGAGGUCUCAGUACCGGGAAAUCCACGACGUCGUGGCACAAUCAGAUACAAUGGCAGCCUGGAUGGCAAAACUGGAAUCUUUAUUGGUGUUGAGUACGAUGAACCAUUGGGCAAGAAUAAUGAAAGUGUUAACGGCAAAGUAUAUUUCAAAUGUGGUCCCAACUAUGGAGGAUUUGUCUCACCAUUGUCAGUCGAAGUGGGUGAUUUUCCUUCAGAAGAUGUUAAUCUUGAUGAUGAGCUUUAGAUCUUUUUUGAGUUAAUUCCCACAUUGCAUUUAUUUGGCACAGCACAAAAGAAAAACUCGUUUUCCCUAAAUGCGAAUUACAA